AUGGCAGCAACUGCAGCAGCAGCAACUGCAGCAGCAGCUGCAGCAGCAACUCAACAGAAACAGGAGCAGCGGCAGCAACAGCAGCAGCACCAGCAGCAGCAGCAGCACCAGCAGCAGCAGCAGCACCACCACCAGCACCAGCAGCAGCAACAGCAGCAGCAGCAACAGCAGCAGCACCACCACCACCAGCCCCAGCAGCAGCAGCAGCAGCAGCAGCAGCAGCAGCAACAGCACCAACAACAGGAGCACCACCACCAGCACCAGCAGCAGCAGCAACAGCAGCAGCAGCACCAGCAAGAGCAGCAGCAGCAGCAGCAGCAGCAGCAACAGCAGCAGCAGCAGCAACAGCAGCAGCAGCAGCAGCAGCAGCAGCGUACCGGGUGCACAGGCGUGGUGUAUGUUGAGGUCUUGCUGAGCGUAAGCAACCAAACGACAAGCUCGAGCAAACCCAGCAGCAUCUAA